GGGAAAUGAACAAACUCUCCCAAAGCCGGCUGUUGCGGGGGCGUGGCCUCUGCGCCGCUCUCCACCAAUCACCGAGCAGAUUGGGGGAGGGGCGUGGCCAGCCCGCCUUCCUGGUCCGGUGCCGCUUGAGGACGCGGCUGCCGGUCCGCGACCACCGCAGCGGGAGCGAGGGGACCCCCGGGAGCAGCCGGGGUUAAACAGGAGCAGAGAGACCCCCGGCACCACCCAAAAUCAGAGCAGAGGAACCUCCGCGAGCAACCAGGACCGAGCAGGAGCAGAGGGACCCCCGGGAACAGCUGGGGCUGAACCAGAGGGACCCCCGGGACCACCCAGAACGAGAGCAGAGGGACCCCCAGGAGCAGACAGAGCCGAACAGGAGCAGAGGGACCCCCGAGACCGAGCAGGAACACAGGGACCCCCCAGAACCAGAGCAGAGGGACCCUCGGGACCGAGCCGGAGCAGCGCGACCCCCGCCCGGGAGCAGCGGUUCCCCCGUGCCGCCGGUGCUGCGGGCAGCAUGGCGCAGUGGCAGGAGGUGCAGGGCUUGGCCAACACUUACCUGGAGCAGGUGGACCAGCUGUACGCGGGCUCGGCGCUGCCCAUGGCCGUGCGCCAGUCCCUGGCGGCCUGGAUCGAGAGCCAGAACUGGCGCCAGGCGGCGGAGCCGCUCAGCUCGCACGCCCGCAUCCUGUUCCACUCCUUACUGGUCUUACUGGGAGAGUGCGUGGGCAGCCUGGGCUCGGACCGCGAGGAUCUCACGCUGAAGCACAACCUCCGCAAGGCCCACCGCGAGCUCCAGGCCGAGUUCCAGGAGAAGCCGGAGAGAUUCGCCAACCUGGUGGCCAACCUGCUGCAGGAGGAGCGGCGGAUCCUGCGCCUCGGGCAGGCCGGGGGGCAGGAGGGGUCGGUCCCCGCGCCCAGCCCAGCUUUGGAGGGCGGGAGGGAGCAGCAGAUCCAGCGGCGUUUGGCUGAGUUCCACACAGCCCUGCAGGAAGCCGAACGAGCCUUCAGGCACCUGGAGGAUUUGCAGGAUGCUUUCGAUUUCUGCUUCAAGGUGCAUUACCGGCCAGGUGAGGAGAAGAACCGGGACCCCGCGUACCUGCAGGAGCUCCAAUCCCUCCAAGCCAAACUGCAGAACCUGGACCGGCAGCGGCGGGAGGUGCUGGCACAGAUGCAGCAGCUUUUGGGGCGCAGUGAGACCCUGCAGGAGCUGCUGCAGCAGGAAUUGGGGGGCUGGAGGACGCGGCAGCAGCACCUGUGCUUGGGGGGCUCCGCCGACACCAACCUGCGCCCGCUGGAGACCUGGUUCACGGAGCUGGGCCAGGGGCUGUUCCAGCUGCGGCAGCUGCUGCGGGCGCUGGGGGACCUGCGACAGAAGGUGACCUACGCCAGGGACCCGCUGGUGGCAGAGACGCCCCUGCUGGAGCAGAGGCUGCAGGAGCAGCUCACGCACCUGCUCAAGAGCGCCUUCGUGGUGGAGCAGCAGCCCAGCACCCCCAACGCCGGGAAGCGGCCCCUGGUGCUCCGAACCACCGGGAAGUUCUCGACCCGCGCCCGCCUCCUGGUGAGGCUGCAGGACCGCAACCACCGCAUGGAGGCGCGGAUCCACAUCGACAGGAACCCUCCCAACAUCAAAGGGUUCCGCCGGUUCAACAUCCUGACAUCGAGCAGCAAAACGCUCCUGGCCGGGGACAGUCCCCAGGAGGGGCUGAUCUGCGACUUCCAGUACCUCACGCUGAAGGAGCAGAAGGACAGCAGGGCUGGCAAGGGCAAAGGUGCCAGCGGCGAGGGUCCCCUGGUGGUGACAGAGGAGCUGCACCUCAUCACCUUCACGCUGGCCUACGCCUACUGCGGGCUGGAGCUGGAGCUGGAGGCCACCACGCUGCCCUUUGUCAUCAUCUCCAACAACAACCAGUUCUCCAGCGCCUGGGCCUCCAUCCUCUGGUUCAACAUGCUCAGCUCUGACCCCAAGGCCCAGCAGUUCUUCUCGUCCCCCCCUCCGGCCCCGUGGCCGCGGCUGGCCGAGGUGCUGAGCUGGCAGUUCCAGAGCGUGGCCGAGCGGGGCCUGAGCCGGGACAACCUCCUGAUGCUGGCCAAGAAACUCCUGGGCUCGAAGCCGUCACCGAACAGCACCGUGGCCUGGCACAAGUUCUCAAAGGAUGGAGCCUCCGGUUUCUCCUUCUGGGCCUGGCUGGACGGGAUCCUGGGGCUGCUCCAGGAGCACCUCAAGCAGCUCUGGAAGAACGGACUCAUCCUGGGCUUCGUGAGCCGCAAGCAGGAGGAGAAGCUGCUCAAGUCCAAGAGGACGGGGACGUUCCUGCUGCGCUUCAGCGAGAGCGUCCUGGGUGGUGUCACCUUCACCUGGGUGGAGCACAACGAGACAGGACCCCCCACUUUCCACGCCGUGGAGCCCUACACAGCCUCGGAGCUGGUGUCGCUGGCCCUGCCCGACAUCAUCCGUGACUACCACAUGAGCCUGGAGGAGAAGAAUCCAGAAAAUCCCCUCAAGUUCCUGUACCCCAACACCGCCCGGGACGAGGCCUUCGGGCCCUACUACAGCCAGAGGCUGGAGGGGAACCUGAGCGAGUCCCAGAAAUACCUGAACCGGCGCCUCAUCCGCGUGUCCUCCAGGCCGCCCAACCGGCGUCAGACCGAGGAGGAGCUGCAGGCGGCCACCGAGAACCUGGAGACGCUGCAGCUGCAGCCCCGAGGGCAGGGGACACCCGGGGACCUGGGGACACCUCUGGGGGUGCCCACGAGCCCAGGGACACCUCAUGGGGUGGCCUCAAGCCCAGGGACACUGCAGAUGGUGGCCAUGAGCCCAGGGACACUACAGGUCACCCCUGAGAUCUUGGGGACACCUCAGACUCUGCAGAUGGUGGCCACGAGUCCAGGGACACCACAGGUCACCCCUGGGAGCUUGGGGACACUUCAAGGUGUGACCAUGAGCCCAGGGACACUACAGGUCACCCCUGAGAUCUUGGGCACACUUCAAGGGGUGACAGCGAGCCCAGGGACACUGCAGGUCACCCCUGGGAACCUGGGGACACUUCAAGGGGUGGCAGCGAGCCCAGGGACAGUUCAGAUGGUGGCCACGAGCCCAGGGACACCACAGGUCACCCCUGGGAACCUGGGGACAUCAAAGGUGGUGGCCACGAGCCCAGGGACUGUGCAGAUGGUGGCCAUGAGCCCAGGGACACUUCAGGUCACCCCUGGGAACUUGGGGACACCUCAGACUCUGCAGAUGGUGGCCAUGAGCCCAGGGACACUUCAGGUCACCCCUGGGAACCUGGGGACACCACAGGUGGGGACCCUGCAGCCCCCAGGCUUGGGGACACUACAACCACAGCCCCAAAGCCUGGAGCCACCACAGGUGACACCAGGAGCCCCCAACCUCCAGGGGACACUGCAGGUGGCACCAGGAGCUGUGCAGGUGCUGCCUGGGGGGCUGCAGGUGCUGCAGGUGGCCUCAGGGGACUUGGGGACACCGCAGGGGACAGCGGAGUUGGGGACACUGCCAGCAGAGCUGAGGGACCUGGAGCUGCUGCCAGGGGGACAGGACAUGCAGGAGCUGCUGCAGGGGCUGCAGGCACCCUCGGGGACCUUGGGGACGUUGGGGACACUGGGAGUGGCCGAGCUGAUGCCGGACGUGGUGGCGACCUUGGAGGAGAGCCUGGAGGAGAGCUUGGAGCAGAGCUUCCAGCUGAGCCCUGGCAGCGCGGCUCUCCUGGCCCAGCACGAUCCGUUCCUGCCUCAGCCCGAGGACUCGGCCCUGCCCGCGGUGCCCUCGCUGUUCACCGACCUGCCCCCGCUGCACAUCGACGCCAGCGACUUCCAGUGACCCCUCCCCUCCCAGAGACCCCCUCCAGUGACCCCUCCCCCAUCCUCUCCUUUCCAGGGACCCCUCCCCUCCUGGGGACCCCUCUCCGGUCCCUUCCCUUCCGGGGACCCCUCCCCAACCCUUUCCGUUCCAGGGAUCCCUCCCCAGCCCCUUCCAGGGACCCCUCCCUGGUCCCCUCCCUCCCGGGGACCUCUUCCAGGGACCCCCUCCCGGGUCCCUUUCAUUCCAGGGACCCCUCCCCUCCCGGGAACCCCUUCCCUCCCAGGGACCCCUCUCCAGACCCUUUCGCUCCAGGGACCCCUCGCCGGUCCCUUCUCUUCCAGAGACCCCUCCCCAGCCCCUUCCAGGGACCCCGCCUCGGUCCCUUCUCUUCCAGAGACCCCUCCCCAGCCCCUUCCAGGGACCCCGCCUCGGUCCCCUCCUUUCCGGGGAUCCCUCCCCAGUCCCUUUCGUUCCAGUGACCCUUCCCCGGUCUCUUCGUUUCCCGGGACCCCUCUCUGGUCUCUUCCCUUCCAGGGACCCCUCCCCUGUCUCUUCCCUCCUGGGGACCCCUCCUUGGUCCCUUCCCUUCCAGGAACCCCUUCCGGAGACCCCUCCUCAGUCCCUUCCCUUGCGUGGACCCCUCUCCAGUCUCUUUCGUUACAGGGACCCCUCCCCAGUCCCUUCCCUCCUGGAGACCCCUCCUCAGCCCCUUCCGUUCCGGGGACCCCUCUCCGGUUUCUUCCCUCUCGGGGACCCCUCCCCACCCCCCUCUCUGUAAAUUAACCCCUCCCCACCCCUUUAUCUGUAAAUUAACCCCUUCCCUCCCACCCCCCCCGCACGCACUCGCCG